AUGGUGUUCCUCCGACUUUCAAUCAAGGUGUACCCGCGGGAGCAGCUGAGCUCGAACUCAAGCUCCAGCUGGGGCAGGACCUUCCUCGGCGCACGAAAGACCACCAACGAUGACUCCAGCCAGGGAUCUGCAGUCUCGACGACAUUGAAGAAACCUGGUGUAUUCCUGCUUGUCCUCGAACAUCCCGAAGAGGUCUCACUUGGUGGUCUCGCGGGCAUGAUUCAAGAACAUUGGGCAAAGCUUCACCCAGAGCUGGAACCGCUUGCGAUCAAGAAAAUCCUCGACGAUACGAAGGAAGACCUCGAUCUUUAUCCCGACUUGACUGUUGCUGAUGUCUGGGUUGACUAUGGAAAAGCCCGCACCGAUGGCCUCGACCAGCGAGGCUCCGUUCGUGUUAUUCAAAGGCCUACCGCGGCCGCCCCGGAACGAUUCCCCUCUGUCGAUCAGGAUUGGGAUGCUGCUAUUGUUGCCUACGAGCGUAAGCGUGCUAUGAAGGAUAAAAAGGAAGCCAUGGAGACCCAAUUCCCUGCGAUCCAGGAAGAAGAUGAAGAGAGUACCGCCCAAUCUGUGCGUAGUCACUCUAGAUCUAUCUCUCAGUCUCACAUCCAAUGGGAACAUUCGCCUGAAUCAGCUCAACAUACCGAUAAUAACUUUCAUGUCUCAACUCGGAAGUCAUCAGUGGAGCAUCGCCAUCGUGAUUUGCCUCUCUCUUCUGUUGAAAUGCGCGAUCCUGUGACCACUUUCCCACCAGUGAAGUCUGCAGGCCCUACAAUUGCUGGCACGCCGCCUCCCAGACGGGAAAGUGAGGAGCUUGGUGAGUCUCCAUCGCCAGCUGGGCGACGAGCAUCCAGCACCAGGUCCCAGCCGACAUCCGCAUCUGUAGCUGCCGAGUCACCAGAAACGCAACCUGAGCCCAACAAGCUUGUAAAGCUACCCAUUGCUAGUAGUACAGCUAAGCGAACAAUUACGCAAAUGCCGGAUGACGCCGAAUCCCCCCCUAUGUCGUCUGCGUCCAAGCAUAUCAUUCCUCACCCACAGACGCAAUCUACUGAGGAGGCUACUGCGAGCUCAAGUGAUAUCGAACCAGAGUCUGCUCCGCAGCGUAUCGUGAAACUACCAUUCCAGUCGGACAUGACCAAUGGAGUUAAUGGACAAGGACAUCUGGCGGCAGUGGCUGCAAAUAUUGUAUCCCAACCUCCGCAGGAAAAGCAAGUGGAAACGGUCAUCGGGAUCUCCAGUGGGGAGUCGAGCGAAGAGGAAAGCGAUAGCGAGGACGAGGAGGUUGAAGCAGAGAAGAAGAACGCUGAGCGCAAAACAGAAGAUCAGGCUGGUUCUGACAACUCCGACAGCUCUGACUCUGACUCUGAAUCCGAAUCCGAAUCCGAAUCUGAGUCUGAGUCCGAAUCGGACUCUGAGGCCAGCGAAGAAAAUGGACCCAAGGAUGAGCCCAUCACGCCUCGCAUUGAUAACUCGAUUCCCAUUACUAGGGAUGUGAUUGAUCUAGAGGGCGAUGUACAGAUGGAAGAGUCUAUUGGAACUAGGAGCUCUCAGUCCUUGGAUCACUCGGAUCGUUCAAUGUCGAACACAAACGGUACAGCUCAUGAGACUCGAUCACGCAAGCGGAAGCAGCCCUCCGAAGAGCCCACGUCGGUCAAAGAAGCUCGUCAGGGACAGGCCCAUCCCUCGACCCGCCCCCCAUCUACUCCUCCUCGUUCGGUGCCUUCGGUCGUUGUGCCAUCUCAACAGGCUCGGCAGUCCAUAUCGAAGUCUCCAUCUGCCCAAACGAGCCCAGUACGAAAACGAGUCCGCGCACCUUCCUUCUCGAGCCCAGCUCGACAAGCCAGUGUUAGAGAGGAGAAUGAAGCGCCUCCCAAACCUCCUCAGUUUGGAAUUGGCUUGGGGAUUACACAGAGCCCUCCUAGCAAACAGCCCGUGAGGUUGGAUCUUUCGCAAGAAUCCGAGGUAACAUCCACGCAGGAUUCCUUUGGUGCACCGCUUUUCCCAAGUAGCAACGUGAAUGUUGCCGAUGCGCCUUCUUCUACUUCUGUGAACAAACAAACUCCUGCAAUUGACAGGACGAAAAAGUUGCAAUCUGCUAUCCGUGCCAAGGAUUCUCCAGCAACGGAGAGGCGAUCCGUGUCUUUCGCCGAGGGGGACAGCCUUGCUUCUAGCUUGGAUCUCGCUCCACGCUCCACCCCGCGCAAUGCUGCGAUUGGAAAGUCCACCCCUACCACCAACACUAUCCAGGGCACACCUUCGAGCGCGACCGCACGAAAGGUCACGUCAAAGGCCAAGCCCGCUCAGCAGACGCCCACCCCCUCUGUCAAGCCUACCCUGGGAACACCUUCAACCUCCGCAUCUAAAGCCACUCCUAAGGCAACCACUAAGGCAAAGGUCAAUAAGCAAACACCCAAAUCUACUUCCGAACCUGCUCAGGCAACACCAUCCAGUAGUCAAGUGGUCUACCCACCUGGGUUUGAUAUCGAACAGUUGACCCAGCAAGUUGAGAGUGAAAAGAAGACGAAAGCACAGGCUAUGCUGGAUGAGAAAGCACAAAAGGACAAGGAAGCCGCCGAGAGGUCUGAAAUCGAACACAAGCUUCGGGAAAACUAUGAUCCCCAGCUUACGAUCAUUUUGACUGAGAUGAAAACCCUCUUGGGCAAAGUGGCCAACUCCAGGCUCGAAUACAGCAAGCGAAAGCCGCUCCGCGCCAAGCUUGAAGUCUUGCGAGGCAAUUUGAAAGCCUGUGAACAGAGGCUGGAGGCGGAAAGGUCCACCCCUCGGGAACCUGUCGCAAAAGCACCAAAGAUAACCCUCAAGAGCAUGCUGAGCAGCCAGAAGGAGGAACUGGCUGCUAGGCUGCGACCUGAGUCCAAGUCUACCCCGGCUCCCCGCAGCGAUGUGUACGAAGUGCCCAGCUCCGGCGAGUCCGAGUCCGAGUCCGAGUCCGACUCUGAUUCUGACUCUGACUCUGACUCCGACUCCGACUCCAGCAGUGACGAUGGUAGCAAGAGCGACAGUGACUCGGGCGACAUCAUGCCCAAUGGCCAGUCAACCAAACUGCGCAAGCCCUGGGCUCAGCGAUCCAAUUAA